AUGUCUUUCAAUCAGCAUUCACCUCUGUCCGAGUUACAUCCUUCAAGGUAUGACUGGAGCAUCCGAGUACGAGCGCAAUCAAUAUGGGAAAGCAGAAGCAAAGAAAAAAAUGAGUUUCGGGGCUUUAAUGUCAUCUUCAUUGAUGAUUCUAAUGUUAGGAUACAUGCCUUCAUUGCUUCAAACAUCUCCCACAACUAUAAGGACUCUCUUCAAGAAGGAGCUCUUUACAGAGUUUAUAAUUUCUCUGUCAAAAGAUACAAUGGAGAUGAAACUUACCGUGCAGUGCGGAAUUCAAAGCACAUUUAUUUCAACAAUGAUACAAAACUUAUUAAAGAUAAUGGAACUGGACUAAGAAUUCAUCCACAGAGUUUUGAUUUCUUUGCCUUGGAGGAUGUUCAAAAAAUGAAGAAGGAUAAUCGGUUCUUGAUAGAUGUUGUUGGAGUGAUUGAUGUGUUACCGAAGAAAUCACUUUAUCAAAAGGACAAUGCUGAGAAGUUUAAUGUGAAGUGUACUAUAACAGAUGGGAGGUAUGUCAAUACUUAUAUUUCCACACUGUUAAAUAGUAAGUAG